CAUCAGCAGCUCUCUCGUUCACUUACAGUAUUAUUCAAAAUGUGGAACAUCAAUAAGAGCUCUUCUUUUAAUAUUGGCAAUUAUAAGGAUCACGAAUCCUCCGACGAGGCCUCAUCCUCGCACAGCGAAUGCGAGGGUCAUAAACUCGAUCACACCUUGUCGGACACAGAACUCUGCGUUCAACCGGAGGUAGAGCAUUCAGAGGUCUCGGAGCUGGUGGCCAAGCUGCAGCAGUUUUCAUUUAAGAAUUCUGAUGGAGAGCAGCAGCCAUUAGAGCAGCUCCAGUCUACCCCGGAGGACUUAGCCGAGCAUCGCAAUGAAAAACCAAAAGAAAAGCGUGAGCCAGAAGUCAAUGUAAGCCCCGAGCAAGAUGGAUCAGCUAAAGUCCCCAAAGACAAACCCCAGCAAGCAGUAGAAGUCGAAAAGGAUGGCCAGUACUUUCUCCAAAACCUCCGAGACGAGCAGAAGCGUCUGCUCGCCUUGGCCGACACUGCCGACAACUAUGCCGCCACUUUGGGCACCAAGCCAAGCCGCGGGGAAUAUGCUCUAGAGAAGUUGAGGGUCUUCUCGGGACUAGUCAGACUGUUGGUGACCUCCAAGAUGAGUCAGUUCGAAAGCUUAUGCCAGAAGAACAUAAACGCCUCGCCCGGUGACCAGUUCCCAGUGACCGUUAAUGAUCUGCAUGGAUUCUGGGACAUGAUUUACCAGCAGGUGCCACCUUUGGACAAACUCUUCGAGGAGAUCGAAGCCCUCAAGGCAAACAAUUGGUGUGCCCCGCCUAGGUCAGGAGGAGUCGGAUCUUUGGACCACAAGAAGACCUCGCGUUCGUCGACACAGAAGAAGAACACCAAGUCCCGGGAGACUCAGUGGCGCUGCUAAGUUGAUUGUUUACGCACAGAAUACCCCACCAGAGAGAUGCCUCCAAAUUCCUUGUCAAAGUUGGAACUUAUUUUUAUUGCAAUUGCUGGAGCCUCGUUACCUCGCACAUCAUUCGAAAUUUUUUUAAUUUUUUAAACUAGCAUCUAUGUGGGCAUAAAACUGGGUUACGUGUAAAAGCAGGUUGAGAACACAUCCUUGAAUACAAGCCAACUUAUCAACCUUA